AUGCCGACGUAUCAGGAGAUGCACUCGUCCCGGCUGCGGCGGUCGAAACAUGCUGCGGAGCCUAUAGAAGCCACACAGCGACAAGAGGAGAAUGAGAUGAACGGCCACUACCACACUCCGAUGCUACAGCUCGAGGAACCGCCGACGACGCCAACAAGGCCGACUGACAAACGUAUCGACAUCCCAACCAGAUUGGAUGAAGCUCUUCGACAAGGGUACACGAAGACCUCACCGAACCCAAGGCACCCGUUCACAGAAGCCAACACACCCACGAGGUGCUUCGUGCCGAUGCGCAGGUACAUGGGGGUGGGCGCCUCCGACAGCAUCGAAAGCGCCGUUGUCUUUCAUUCGCCUAACGAGACAGCCGAGAGGAUGGUGUCUGGCGUGCUCAGCGCCAACGAACAGAAACGCAUCAGCAGCAGCGCUUCUCCCAUGAAGGUUGACAGCGACGCUGUGAACGUUACCCUCGUGGAGGACGACGACAGCGAAAAUAUCGAGGACCGGGACAUGGAGGACGACAAGAUAGACGACGGCUACAGUGACGGGGUCGUGUUCGAGCUUUACAAGCCGAUGGAAAUGCGGCGACCCGAGCACACGUUCAGCAAGGGGUCGCCACUCCCGCCCGCGAUGCUCACAAGGCGACUCCCAGCCGGCGGGGUAUCCGGCCGUCGCUACAACUGCUCGAACGGAUCGCGCGAGCAGGCUGGUGGGCGGUAUCCCACACUCUCCCAAAGUUCGCGGCUUGAGGAUAUCCGCAGGCUGCCACUGCACGGAGGGGAGAUGCGUAAGGGCAGCAACAUCUGCGUCGACAGAACUCGCGCCAUGGCACAGGAAGACAUGGUGCGCAACAGCUCCGCCGACAGCUUCAGCAUGGACGGGGCUGGGACUGCUUUCCAGAACAUCGGGCAGCCGCAGCGCAUAGAUUCUUCCAUGAACUCGCAGUUCUUCUUCAAGUCGAGACAGCGGCGCAACGGGAUGAACACGUCUAUCGUCCACGGCGGCAGCCACCACGACUCUAUGAGCAGCCCCAGCGAGUCCCCUCAGGUGUCCGCAGACGUCGCUGCACCCACGCUGAUGAAUCUCAGCGGGCCUCACCUUUUCUGCUCGGACCAGGUGGUUCUCAUUUCUCACUGCCGUGGACAGAGUGGACAUACGCACGCGAAUCACCACGUUCACAACCAUAAUCACCGUCACAGCGACGGCGACGCGGCUGGGGAAGCUUCCAGCCUAAUGGACAGAAUAAUGCUUGGCAUAGCUUCUGUGGACCCCUUCACCGGCGACGGCGAGUCAGGCAUGACGACGUCUCUAUCGAUGGCAGACGGAUUCGAUCUUGUGCGCGCGCCGAUAACAGGGCUGCGCGCGAUGUUGCUCGGGAACAACGCCGUGGAGGAAGAGGAGGCCGCCGAGGACCCCGAGACGCGCGCACGCCAGGCGGAGCAGCUCAAGCACUUCUACUCAAAAGUGGUGCGGCAGCAUCGAAACUGUGCCAAGAGCGGUGCGCCAGCGGGAGGCAACUCGCCACCAACGUCAGCGACAAGAAGCGUUUCGACUCUGCAUGCGCCACAGUUUUUCCGCAUCGACGACACCGUCGCCGACUGCGUCGCGCCCGAGCAUGAAGUCGGUGCACCCACUCUCUCGCAGCCAUCCCCUCUAGGGGAUGAAGAGAGAGCCGCACUGGUUCUUGAGAGCGUCGUGGCAAAGAAGACGAAGAAGCGAGAGAAGAGGGUGAUGUUCAACAUGAGCGCCAUGGAACCGCGGCACACCGAAGGCGGCGUCGGGCCAAACGUGCCUCAUCACGGUACCCCACAACCGACGUGCGCCCUGGUCCCUCAUGCGCCAUCGCCGUUGGCGCGGCAGUGCUUCGGCGUUGAAAUGACCUCCAGCUGCGGCGAAGCGGAGAUGAAUGACUUGGGCACCUGGGAGUCACCACUGCUGCCAACCUCGCUUCGCACGGCACGGAGGGCCGGUGACAUGCAGAAUCAGCUGACAUUGGCAACAAGCGCAAGAUGGACAGAGGCGCUCACCGGCUGUGCCGACGGAGCUGUGCGCGCCAUGCCUUUUUCUGUGACACCUGUGCGAGGUGCACCGAGCAUGUCGUCCUUACAAACUUCGCGGUGCGGGGACGAAGAUGACGAACACUGUCUCACCGAUCGGUUCACUCCUUCGGCGUCCGCGAACUUUGCACAGCAGCAGUUGCCGACGUUCGCUCCGAUAGCGACGGCAUCGCCAUCGCCCCCGGCGCCGCCAGAGCCCACGACUCUGGAGAAGCUGAGCGUCAUCCUCGCCGAGGCACCGCGGAAACACUGUUUCUCUGGCGGUAAAGUGCCAAAGGUGUCGACGAAGCGCCGUGAAGCGGACAUGGCACUCGCUGCGGGGGCAGACGAUGCCAUCGUGCUGCCGCAAUCAAGUAUCUCCUUCGUCCCCCAAUUGCGGUCUCCCUACUCACAUCUUGUCUCCUCGAAUGUGCUCAGCUCGCUGGAGGUGUGCCUGCCUGACCGAGAUUCGUCUAGGAAAGGGAGUUCACGGCCACGGCACCCGCCGCAGACGAGCCUGGGCAUCUCAUGUGCUCAGACAAAGUCCCCGUCGCCUCUGCAAUCAACAGAAGUCGGCGUUCUUCCUGUGCACCACAAGUCGGGGGGUAUGGUCACUCAAGUCUUUGUGCCGCCAUUGCUGCGCGCUGCGCAGGCUUUCCCAGACCGCGACUUACCCUCUGAACCGAUGCAGACACCAUCGACCAUGGUGUCAAUGGUAGCGACUGCUGCCGCUGGGCUUACCACAAGAAAGCGGAACGCAAAGGUUGACACGAAAAGCUGGUGUAACUCAAAGCAUAGCAGCGCAUCUUCCUUUCCCAUCGUGAAAUCUCAUGCAGUCAAGACAGACCUUCCACUGCUGCCGGCGCAGUCCUCCAGCCGGCGGUCCAGAGAGGAGUUGCCGCGCGAGUGGGCCAGCAACAAACCCACCUCCCCCUCCGUCUCUGGUGAUGGGGUGUCGGUGCUGCGGCCCUCUGCCUUGACGCGGCGCAUUUCCAUCUCACGAGACCGCCACGAUUGUGACGGGUUCUGGUGCAGCUGUCGGCGCCGGCAGCGAGCAGCAAAUGAGUGA